CCAUGACCGGAGCUCCCUUGAACUCUAACCAAUAGAAAUUGAUAAGAGGUUAGAGGGGCUUUAUUGGGACUCCCGUUACAGUAUGGGGGGCAAACAAGAAACAGGUGCCCAAUAAGCAGCAGGUGCCCUUGCUCACACCAUGAGGGAAGUGGGGAGGGGGCAAGCUGGUUCUUUAAAUGGAGUGAUGGUGGUGGCAAAUUGAUUGAUCAGUGGGAGGAGUGGCUUAGGUGGUGUGUCCACCCCCUUGUUGGUGCUGUGUGCAGGGAUCAGGCACAGUAAUCUGCUUUUGCUCCCUAUCCCUGAGAAGUGGCAGUUUGGGUUUUGGCCCUUUUGUUUCUUAUUGUUCAUAAUUUACCCCAGCUGCAUGCAUGUAGUUAUUUUUAGUCCCUGAUAGUUUGUCUGUAUUCUUUUGCUUGAGGAAGAGACAUUUGUCCAGGUAUAACCCUGCAGCAAAGAGUCCUAGGUUGCACCCUGUCUCUUCACCCACUCCCCCCUGACUCCCACUGCCCCCAAGGAUUCCUCAGCUCUUAAGGGCUAAGGGCUGAUGAUCUCUUCUUCUGAAACUAUUCCUGCUGGGCAGGGGAUGCAGACCCUAUCCUACCCUAGGGGUGUAGAAAUCCCUUGUUGACUGUUUUAGGUUCCUAUAGGGACCUGGGCUACCCUCAGCUGGAAUGAGUUGGAAUCCUUGAGCCAUCUUGAGUCUUGAAACUGUUGGAACCUAGAAGGCACAAACUUAACCCCAAGGUUAAACAGGGGCCAAAAAGGAGGAUAGUAAUAGCCACUAAAUGGCCCAGAGUGGGCAGGAACCAAGUUCAUUUGGGGAGGCAUUCCCUAACUGAUGACCACACAGCCGGUGGUAUCUCCCCUGCCAAAAAUGUGAAGCUGUUCUGCUUGGGUGUGUAUUUUUAUAAUAUUAACAUUUCUCCUGUCUCAUUGAUUCAGGUGCAGGAGGAAGUAUUAGUUAUCCCACAAAUUCUGCCUUUUUCUGUCAGAAGGCAAUUAAGAGCUAAACGAUUAUCUAGAGUUAAAUUAGCCAACGAAACAAGAGCAGCCUUAAGUCCUGAUAAGGCCUACCCUGUCUGGAUUAUCACAUAACCAAGCUGUCUGGUGAGACUGCUCAGUGUUGCUUCCUGAUAGAUAAAGCCUCCCUGUGGAGCUGCAGUCCUGUGGCUAGCCUUGCCACUGCUAAGAUCAUUGCUCCUGCUCUCUGGGUUUGGUGGUGAAAAUCCCUCUUAUACCUCUAGUUCCCUCUCCUAUGAAGGGGACAUCAUCACUGCAGUUAGAGGCCAUAGGUUGAUUGGAAAAGGUCAGGGUCUGGCUAUAAUUCCAUAACACAGGGUGGUUUGGGUGUCUGCAGAACAAAGCCCUUCGGAGGUGCAGAAGUGAAUGUCUGCCUCAUGGUUAUUUGGAGCUGGGAGUCCUUGAAGGACAAAGCUAUUGCUAGUAUGUGUGCAACUCGGGGGAGAAGUAACCAUUCUGUUGGUCGUUUAGAUCAUAUGAUGUCAUAAAAGUCUUAAUAAAAAUCCUCCAGUAUGAUUCUGUCAGAGAGCAGAGGCGGGAAAGUCAGCUCACUAUUUGUUCCGUAUCCCACAAGUGGGUUGAAUUUGAUUUCAAGGAGAUGGAAAAUUUCCUUAUUUGAAACAGCACACAUGGGUGAGGUUGUAAGUACAGUGUAUUGUUGUAUAAGAAGCAGAACAUCUGAUAUAAUUAUACCUGGGGGCGGGAUUGCAUUGGAGGUGUGUGAAACAAAUGCCAUUUGUGGAAUUUAACUUAGUGUGCCCCAUGCCUUGGGUCCCAUUGUAUGGGGGAGUCAGGUAAAAGCCCUGGGAUAGCCCCCUGGAAGGUGCGAGUGUGCCUAGCAGAGGUCAAGGGAGUAGUGAUUUAGGUAGUCAUCGGAAAUUGUAGGUUCAGGUGAAAUGCAAGAGAAAGGCUACUAGCCAGCUGGGGCUGUUGAUGGCAUGGCCAGCAUUCUUGUAAAUAUUCCUCUUUGAAUAUGAUUUUGGAAAUGUUAAGUGAGUUUUCUUGUCAUUGUCCCUAUUCCACCCCUAGCCUAGGAACUUCCUUAUGCUGUAGGUGUGGCUCCUAAAAAAAAAAGGGAAAGAAAGUCAUUUUCCUGCCUGCAAUGUCAAGGGUGACUCAAGGCUCCCUUGGAGCGAUGAGGAUGCAUUGUCUUAGGAUCUGGAGCCCACCAGGUCCUUGGGGCAUGUUGGUUGAUCAUUUGGUCUGUAGGUCCCUCUUUGUGAUGGUAUCUCAUCCCAAUUUCGCCAGGAACUCGGGCUGCUUAGGGUUGUUUCUUUGUUGCCCACAAGAGGGAGCUUGCAACAUGCCCCCCCCCCCACCUCCUUCUGACAAAAGGCACACUGGUUUCCCCCCAGGUGGCUCCUAGGCUGUCAGCCUGGGUUUGUCAGCCCUUUAGGGUCCCCUCGACGACACAGUGGGUCAAUCACAGCAGCCCAAAGCUGUGUUUUCUUCACUGGCCUCUGUUAAGUCUCACUGCUGAGGAUGGACCUUGAAGGCCUCCUCUACCAAGGCUGACAGCGGGGUUUGGGGCCCAGCCUCAAGCUUUUGUAACUUUCUCCUGAGCGCGGGAGAAGACUGGGUGGUCAAAUGCAGGGCUAAGAGCGAUGUCCCUUGUGCAGACUCAGGGUCUUAAUUGGUGCCCUUCCUGAAUGCCUGUCACCCGGCUCAGGAAGACUGCUGGGUUUCCCUCUUUGGGUUCUGCGUCACUUCUGGGACCUUGUCAGAAUCUAGGCUUUGCCAUCCACCUUUUCAUUGCUUCUGACAGACGAGGAAUAUACUGUCCCAUCCUGGCCUAUGUGCUUGUGACCUUCCGAGUGUUACCCCUGCUUGAUCCAUGUGGUGGUGUGGAUUGGUGGCUACUGGGCUCUCUGUGUGGUUUGGGGAUGUCUUUGCCUCCUUCUAAUAAAAGGCACACUGGUUUUAGCCCAGGUAUCUUCUUGUGCACAGGAGUCCCUUCAAUGUCUUGGUUACCAUGGGGGACAUCACUGGAGGUAUGAGGAGGUUUGUUUGGCUGAAGGCUCCAUGUCCCUGCACGUGUGAGUAGCAGGGUGUCCUGGGAAAGACCGUAGCCCCAGGCCCUAGUUGAGGUACAUCCUCCCCUGGGCUCCAGCACCAGGCAGAGUCCAGGCUGGUCUAUGUGGGUCACUCUGCCCCUUCCCAUGGUGUUGCCCCCUCUAAAUAUAGCCCAGUGGGCUGAGCUCAGUCCUAUUUUCAGUGCAGGCUGGGAGGUGGCCAGGCCUUCCCCAGGGUCAUAGGAGCCACUUCUACUCCCUCCUGUCCUGCUACUGGGCACGCUCAUCGGCUCCUGGCUGCCCACCCACCCACCAUGCCCGAAGGAACCCAAGAAGACACCGCAGCACCAACGACAAGAAACCGGGCACCGGUGGCCCCCAAUCACGUGCAGGAGGUGCGCCUGUACCAGGUGGAGUCCAUCAGCGAUCUACACAGCGGAGAUCCACUGUGCCCCUACCUGGCGGAAGAGGCGCAGCCAUGGGACGAGCUCCUGGGUAUCCUGCCUCCAUCACUAUGCGCCCAGACCGGCUGCAGCCCUGUGCACAGUCGCGGCGGCUUCCUGCUGCUGCUUGCGCUGCUGGUGCUCACCUGCCUGGCGCUCGCUGUCCUGGCAGUCUACCUGAGUGGUAGGGAGGGUACAGGAAGCCACUGGAAUGGAGAGUCUGAGCCAGGGAAGGGCUGGGUGGGUAGGAAGUCGUGGGGUGCUCUGUCGUCGGCUAAUCCCUUAUUCUCGCCGUCUGUCUUGCAGUGCUGCAGAGUGAGUCCCUCCGCGCGCUGGUGCACACGCUGCGCGCGCAGGAAGAGGUGCUACUCAAGCUCCGGCUCGCCAGCCUCAGCCAGCUGCGGAGACUCAAUUUCAGUGAAACCCGAGCACCUAGCUGAGAAGCCCCUUGGACCUGGGGCCUGGGGGGGUAUCUGUAGGGGAGAUAAAGUGGUCGCUGACAGGUUUCUCCUCUCCCACUGCGACUCGACACUUCCUUGGUGAGGGUUUUGUAUGACCCUGAGGUGACCCCAAGGCUCCCUGCCUUUCUUGACUUCUCAGGCUAGACCUAGCCAAGCAUUCUAAUGCCAAGCCCUGCUUUGGGUGGCCCAAGGUUAGGGGAAGCAACACCAGCCUCCUGGCUCCUCCUCUGGCCUCCUGCAGCUAGAGGUUCAGAAGUCUAGAAAUAGUUGCUCACCCCAGUCACCCAAACUGCCAGGCCCCCUGGUGGGGGUCCAGCCUCAGCUCUCAGAAAACAGGCUGGGCUCUGAGCAGGGGGAGGAAGGCCACUGGGGAGAGACUAUCUUGGAGGGCAAAGGGGAGCUGGAGAUAAGGAGGCCCAACUGGGUCAAGCCUGGGUUAGUGGAGAGAGAGAGGGAGGUCAGGCACAAACAGCCAGAAGCCAGGGCCACAGAAGACUGAGCACUGUUUAAUUAUCUCUAAUACUCUUUAAAAAUCAGCACAUAAAUCCAUUCCAGGUAGUCUCACUUCCCCACCUGUUGUAGUGGCAUGUGUCCAGAUCCCACCCCCUGGAAGUGGUUCAUCCCAGGGGAGCAAGACCUGAGAAAGGAAGGCACAGCCCUCUUCUGCCUGCCCCACAGCCCUGUGACAGGCUCACAGCUGGCCUGGCCUGAGACAGGGCAGGAAGAAGCCACAGGGCUGAGUGCAGGGGCAAAUUGCCAGGGUCCCAAACGGCCUGGCCUCUAGCCUCCCAUACUCAUCUCUGUUUUUGGUUUUGUCAUUAAAAAAAUAAAGUGACAAUUCCUGGCAA